AUGUUUCCCCGCAUACGGGAGCGGAGCACGACCGGAGUGGGGACCGGACAGAGGAAGGGGAGCGCCGGCGCUAGUCGCCCCAUACUCGCUCCGGAGAUGGAGAUGACCAACCUGCGUAGCAACGCAAGGGUGGACUGCACGAACUGCGACGGGCUGCUCGGCAGGAACGGCGGAGACUCCACCGAAGUGUCCGUGCCCCUGUCGCUCCCAGGGAAGCGGACGACCCCUAUCGAGGGAGACAACCUCUACAGACUGAGGGACAGAAAGUUUUUACUGGAGGACAAGAAGCGCCUCUGCGCUUGGGCUCUGGGCACUGCUCUUCUCGGAAUACUGCUCAUGAUAAUACACGCCGAGAUGUGCCCGUUCGUUUAUAAACCGGGCUCUGACUAUGCCUUCAUCAUCAACUGUUCCAUUAGCAUGUCCACUGGGUGUCUCCUGAUCCUCAUUAUAGCUUUCCAUUAUAAAGACAUCAGGCUCUUUGUCAUCGAUCACAACCAAGUGGAUUGGCGCAUCGCUCUGACCAGCCACAAGGUUCUUGUCAUCACUCUGGAGCUGUUGGUCUGCGCCAUCCAUCCUAUCGGCACCUACUGGGGCGUCGGCCUCCCCAUCCGUGAGGCUAGGGGAGAGGCCCUGAUGGACACGGAGUUGCUGUUGUCAGCGUUGAUGUUCCUCCGGCUGUACUUGGUGCACCGAACUAUCCUGCUGCACAGCAAAGUGCUGCUGAGUGCCUCCUAUAGGAGCAUCGGCUCGCUCAACAACAUCAACUUCACCUUCCGCUUUGUACUCAAGGUACUUAUGAACAAAUAUCCGGCGCGCACUCUGCUGGUGUUCAUCCUCUUCUUCUGGCUCGCCGCAUCUUGGAUGCUCACCUUGUGUGAGAGGCAAAUCCCAGUCCCAACAGGCCACAUGGACACGGCACUGUGGCUUAUAGCCAUCACUUUUCUCACAGUGGGCUACGGGGAUGUGUCGCCCAAAACCAGCUGUGGCAAAGCAGUGUGUCUGUUCACCGGAGUCAUGGGUGUAGCCUGCACUGCCAUGCUGGUGGCAGUUGUGACCAAGAAGCUGGCCCUGAACAAAGGAGAAAAACAUGUACACUUCUUCAUGAUGGACAUCCAGAUCUCUAAAAGGAUCCGGCAUGCAGCUGCUAAUGUUCUCAGGGAGUGUUGGCUCCUGCACCGCACGAACCUGACAAAAGGCAACAGCGGAGAGCACCGGAGACACCAGAGAUGCCUUCUGGAGGCCAUCAGAGUAUUUCGGCAUUUGCGCCUCAAACAAAGGAAACUGAGAGAUUACGCCAGUGAGAUGGUAGACCUCCCCAAGAUGCAGAUGAUCAUGUGUGACCUUAGUGCAAAUUGGAACAACUCCUAUCGGGAGCUGGAGCAACGCAUCCUCUCCAUGGAGCAGAAGCUGGAUGAGCUGAACCGCUGCUUUCAACAAACCUCCGAGUUGCUGUCUCAGGCGCUGCGUCACCACAACCCGGAGAUUAGGUGACAUGUGGCCCUAUGGAUUUGUCGAACAUUGGAGAUGGAUGAAAGUCCUCUUGCCCACAAUAUCCGUGAAACUGGGAUGGGAUGGGAAAAUGGGAUUCCUCUGCUCUGGAAGCUGCUCUGAAUACUUGCCCUGCUGCACCACUUGGAGGACUGGCUUACCUACAACAAAUCUCCUCUUCUGACCCAGUGCUUAAGACUGCAGAACGAGUCAGAAGUGUACCACUGUGCUGACAAGAUGACCUUUUACUCAAGUGGAGUCACACUAUAUUUGGACUUGUUCAGCAUGCAAAUUUUUUUUUUUAAACAAAUGUAUUUAUGAUUAUGCACAAAGCACUGCAAACAAGGACCGUGGUGGCCCUUAUAUUUUCAAAAGGCUUAAUGGCUUGCUCGCCGAUAACUUUUAAUAACUGAGUUGCAAUUUAUCAACUUUUUCGCCUUGGCUUCAUUAAGGGACUCCAGCAUUGCCUCAUUCCUGUGGAAUACAAGUUUUUUCUAAAGAAAAUUCUUGAGAUGUCUUCCAAUAAAAGAAGUCCAUCUGGUGGAAAUAACUAACAAAAAAAAAAAAAUUCAGUAAUGGUUACUUUAGAGUUAGAACCCUGAAAAUGUACAUGGUAACACAUACCCUUUUGGUCCUUUCUUGCUGCUGGUGUAUUUAAGACAAUAGCUAUACAAUAGCUAAUCUGCGAAUACUUAACGAUGAACAUUUUUGUAGUUGCUCAUUUUAAUGAUUACUGUCAGGUCCUGGCAAAAAUGAUGCGGCUAAGUGGUUUUACCUCGUCACGCUGCAGCCAAAUAAGGAAGACUGUAAGGCAGGCAGCCACGAGUUUGAUGAAGCAAAGUUAACGUGGCUGACGGGCAGAUAAAGCCAACCUAGAUCAUAGAGGACCUUUGCCAACGGAUGCGACAUCAAUCGCAAAAAUGCAGGUUAGACUGUGUGUUUUGGUACAGCAGUGGGGAAGACACGGUCACAACGGCCCUUGUGACUGUUUCAUUCGGUAUGACUCUCUGGGAUUUAUCAGUCAAAGAGCAGUGUUACCAUUCAUAACAUAUACAACAAAAACCACCAUCUUCAGAGCGGAAAAUUUAUUUUUUCUUUGGAAAAUGCAAGUUGAACCAGCAUACAUAUGUUUCCUUCAGUAUGUAUGUCAUAUAUAAUGCACCCUUUUACAUGUUCUCACUGUUUAGUCCGUAAGAUGGUAGGCCUCGUUCCCUCCUUGGGAACUUAAAAACUUUUGUAAUUGUGGGACGAAUCACUUAUCUGGGCUCCCUUUCUGAAUGUACAAAUUCAGUAACUCUUGCUUGAUUUAAAAUUUUUAUACCCUUCUUAAUGUGGCUGUCAUCUUAGUAACGCUUAACAAUUGGUAGCUACACCUGUCCACACAAGUAAGGAAAAGCUUUGAUGGAGGUUCUCUUGCCGCUUGUCUUAAAGCAAUUAAUUUGGCGCCAUCUAGUGGAGCUAUAAGGCAAUGGAUAACCAAGUGAUUACAAACGUUAUUAUUGCCUCAGAGGGGGAAGAAAAAAAAUGCUGCACUUUUAGACCCCUACAUAUAUAAAAUGCCUGACCUAGAAACAAUAAACUUCAAUAUUCAAUUUCAAAUGGGUGUUGGGAAAAAGAAUGAUAAAAAUAUAAAUGUUUAUUUUACUACUUUUAUUAAUCCCCAUGGGGUAAUUAUUUCUCUGCAUUUAACCCAUAAAUGCAUUUAACCCGUGUGGCUAGGAGCAGUGGGCAGCCGCUAGUACAGCGCCCAGGGACCAACUCCAGUUCGUCUGAUGUUCUCCAUAUUCAUUUAAUAUGGAGAACUGAUUUUUUGGGUUAACUUUUUUAUUGCUACCAAAGAUGUUCAAACCGCAUGACGGACAAAGCACUUUGUGAGAAAUAUUGGCUGAAACUGGACUAAUCCUUUUUUUCUGGGGAAAUAAACUGGACUUUAAAAUCAUUUCACCCUAUGCUUUUAGUGGGGAAAAACACCCUGAUAACUUUUUACUAUUCUAUGACAAUGUAAAAUAAUGGGGAAUUAAUUCUUUCAAUUUGGCCGAUCAUUUGCACACAACAAAACAUACCUAUCCAGGACACUUCUAAUUAAAAGCCAUUAAGAGUCAAGAUUGUGACUUUGCUUUUGUAACAAAUAAAAUUGAAGAUGAACAUGGUAGCAAAUUACAUAGCAUGCUGUCUCACUCUAUACAAUGUCUUUUGUCUAGAGAUGUUCACUGCUGCUGCAAAGUCAAAUAAACAUACUGCCCACAGUUGUUGCCCAAGUUAUUCAACUACAGCAUGUCAGAUGAAAAUGCAGGAGGGGAAAAACAGAAGCUCUGACAAUGAACCAUGAAAACAACAGCAUUUUUGGGUACUUUUUUAGUUGGAGGCCUUCUUCUAGCGCUUACCUUUUUCUGUUUUUAAGUUGGUGCCAUAUGUAAGCAGAAGGCCUCAAAAAGAUCUGUCCACAAUCGCAAGUGAGGGGCAUUUUGCACUUUCUCUUCACUGUCUGUUUCCAAGCACGCCGAGGAGGAAGGUAUUUCCCUGCCUUUCCCCUCGUGUGUUCAACUAAGAGUUUUGCCCCAAUGAAAGUUUCCC